CUAGUGCUAUGAGAUGACAACAUCGUAUUUUGUGUCUUGUUUGUUACAAUAUAUAAUAAGUCCUACUACCUCAGAUGUGUGGACGAUUAAAUAAUCAUUUAAUUAAGAGGAGCUUUGUUUUAAAGGUGAUAAAUUAUCGUUUGGGAUAAAUCCUACAUUCGACUGCGUCCCCGAGGAAAGUGGUCCGUACCCAUACUAUAAAUUGUGAAAAUGGCGGGUGUGUUAUCUUUAGGGUUUUUGUUUUUCUGUCUAUUGGACUAGUUUUAUGUGAUUGUAGUGGAAAACUGCCCAAAACAUAUAAGAUACAAAAAUAAGGAAUACGUUUAUAGUUGAUAGCGUCAUGAACUACUUAUUAUUUUGACGUUUAGAGAGUGGUUUGUCAAGACGGCGCAGGUGUCAUCGUUUUUGAUGAAAUUAUCAGAAUGUCUCGUUGGGGCAGAGGCCGAAGCGGCAGCGUGGCCGUGCCGCUUGAUAGUGCCCUCUUCAGAGAAAACAGUAAUUGUCCAAGUGCAGCCCGGUCCGCGGGAACAGUGGGGAAAUGGGGAAUCACCAGUUUUACAUCUAUUAGAAGCGCUCCUUACGCCUUUCAAAGCAACACUAACAAGAAACCUGUUCAGGAUCAAAAUAGUCCACUGACAGUGCCAGCAGUUGAAACUGAGCAACCUCCACCAAAACCUAAGAAGUUUUUUAAAUCUAGGAAUACUGAACCAUAUCCUCCAGUGCCACAAAUUACUUAUGCUCCGCCUGUGCUUCCUGCACCAUUAUCGCCUGAGCAUAACACAAAAGAAAAGAAAACUAAGAAAAGUAGAUAUAACAGAGACUCUUCAUCUCCUGAAUUGCCUAGAAGGAACUCUGAAAAGUCUAGAGGUAAAAAGAAUUAUGUUGCUACUAAAGCAGCCAGAAAAGAAGAUUCCUCAGAACCAUCACAACCACCAAAUAAGCGUUACCUGGUUCGUAAUCGGGAUAAGGUGAUCAAUUAUGCAGAAGAUGGAAGUAAUAGUCCAAUACCAGAAUUUACUAGAUAUGAACCAUUGCAGCCAAAAGUGUCUACUCCAAAAGCCAGUCCCUUGACAGCAAGUCCUUUACAAAAUACUAUUGCAAGUCCUUCAUCUGCUAAACUUGAAGUAGUUAGUCCAUCAACAAGUAAAGAUAGCAAUGAGGAACGUAAACCCCCUCCAAUAGUUCUACGCAUUUCAAAGGGAACCUCUCGAAUUGUUAGUACAGAUUCUAAUGAAGGUUUUACCUCACCAGGAUCAGAUAGACACUCCUCACUGGAUAAUCAUUCAGACUUAGGUUUAGAUCAUAAAAAAAGCCCUUCUAUGGAAGCAAUUUGUUCACCAAAACAUGAAGGAUUAAAAAUAACUAUAAAAUGUUCAGGUUAUAGUCAAGAAGCUAAAAAAGAAAAGAAGAAAGAUAAAAAAGAUGGACACAAAUCUCAUAAAAAACAUCACAAAGCAUCAUCUGAUGAUGAACCACUUAAAAAACCUAGUUCUCCACAGCCUGGCUCAGAAAACUAUGAACUGUAUAAUAUGCUAGCAUCACCAGUACAUACACCUUUACCAGACAAAACCCCCAACAAAAGCAAACAGAUAGAUAUUAUAGAAUUACAAUUGGCCAAACUAGACUCAACACCUGAUGUAAAUGAAAUUGAUGAAGAACCGCCAGACCCAAAGCCACCUGAAGCAGCAUCAGGGAGGUCUAGAAGAAAUAGACCUAAUAUCAAUUACAAUGAAACAGAUGAUGAUGCUUAUAACAUAGCAGCUGGUCUGUCUAAACAAACCACAAAGACUGUUAGUGACAUUAAAAAAGAAACAAGGAAAACAAGAAGAAAGCAUGAGACAGUGGCAGAUAUUCCUAUAUCAAAUGAAAUACUAGACAUUCACACAGAACCUGAUGUACACAAAGGGACAGAACCACCGAUUGAACAUGAUGAUUUAAUUAAUAUAUUGUCUGGCAAUGAAAAGAGUGAAACUAUACCGAAGCUGAAAUUAAAUAAAAAACAAAAAGGCAAGCAAAAACAAUCUAGUCCAGAAUCAAAAGUAAUAUCUGAUGAUGUAAAUAGUGAAUUAUGUAUAGCAAUUAAUGAACAACCAAUGGAGCAAGAAAAGUUAAUAGAUAUACAACAGGAAGUAAAUGAAGUUCAAAUCCAAACACAAACUCAAUCAUCGGACUCUGCAUAUAAUAGUUGUCCAAAUGAGCUCUCAGAAGAAGAAUCGCAAAAGCAAUCCCAUGAUGUUUUUAAAUCUCCACACUCAGAAGAACAUAAUGAUGACAAACCGAGUGUUAAAUUAGUUAUAACAAAGAAAAAGGGCUCUAUAUUUAAAAGCAAAUCUUUGGGAAAUGAUGAUCCAUCACCACUCCCAGCCAGAAAAAGGAGGCAUUUGUAUAAACAUGAAUGGGCCAAUGAUAAAGGAAAUGAAACCCCAAGACCAGAUAGGCCAGAGGCAACAGAAGCACAGAAUCCUGCUGCCCAAGUAUCAGAGGAGCUUACUCGAGUUACAAGAUAUAGAGCAGCCGAUCUGAUUCUUGAUGAGCCCAUGUCAAGUGAAGCUGUGAAACCUUACUCUAGUGUGAAGUGUGCAAAGGAGGCUAAACAGUACUACACUGUUGUGAAAAAUGUAAAGAAAGCCCAUCAAAUUCAAGAGAUUGGCGAAUUUCAAGAGUUCAAUGAUGACGUGGAGUUUCUUCUUGAUGCCUUACAGGACAACAAUCCAAUGUCAACCCGUUGUCUGUCAGUGAUCACGUUAGCCAGUAAAUGCACUGCGCCGGCGUUCCGUAUGCAUUUGCGUGCGCACGGCACAGUGCAGAAAUUCUUCAGUGCUUUACAUGACGCCACCAAUGAUCCCAGCUUGGGAUUAUGUACAGCCACGGUGAUGUUUGUACUCUCGCAAGAUCGCCUCAAUAUGGACUUGGAUCGGGAGUCACUGGAACUCAUGUUGAAUCUGUUGGAGUCUGAUGCUUCUCACAAAAAUGCCCUAGAUGAUUGCGGGUUGACUUCGGCGCAGCUCGCUAAGACCCAAGAAAGGGUGAGAGAAUUGUGCGCUGAAAUCAAAAAUCAAGGAAAGGCGAAACAUUUAGAUCUGGAUAAUAUAACGGUGGGUCACCUAGCAAUGGAAACACUACUGUCCCUGACAUCAAAGCGAGCCGGAGAGUGGUUCAAAGAGGAACUCCGGAACCUUGGAGGUGUGGACCACAUUGUCCGGACAAUACAGGAUUGCGUUGAACGUUUGCAAGUACCUGCUGCCUCCUGGACUGGAUCACAUUUGGAUAUACUGGGCAAAGCUGAUCGGUGUAUGCGGGUGCUGGAGAAUGUAACGCAAAUGAAUGAAGCGAACCAGCAGCAUCUUACCUCGGGCAAUUUAGGUGCCGCAAGCACUUUGGCAACUCUGUUAAGACGAUGCGUGAGCGAAGCUCGGGAACACCUGCGUCUGCGCACGGCAUUGCUAGAUGCAGCUUUACCAGCUGUUAAAGUGUUGGUCAAUUUGUCGCAUUCGUUUGGUGGAAAUUCAUCAUCAUUGGGUGCCUCGGUUAUUGGUGAACAGCCGUCGGUGAUGGAGAUGUGCCUCACCAUGUUAAAUAACCAGGACAACUUUAUACCAGACACCAGUAACUUUGACUUUUCCGUCUGUGUUUUAAUGCUACUAAUAAAUCUAGUACAAAACAAUGAAAUUAACACGCAACGGCUGCUAAGUUUAAGGAUACGAGUGAAUCGGGAAAAUGAUGUCAUAUCACGGAGUGUUUCAGCUCUAGACCUUAUUCUGGAUUUGUUCCACAAGAGGGUUGAUCUCGCUAGGCGAGCUGAAGAAAACACAGAUGCGCUGUUAGACGGCGAAAAGGAUGAGAGUCAUAACAAGAAACAACCGGACGACAUUGACGAAACUGUCGCUAAACUGUUAGCACGCGCGGGCUCCCAUAUGGAACACACGAUGGUGGGGGCAUAUUUGGCCUUGGCAGUGGGUCAGGCGGCGGCCGCUGCGCCCGUGCACGCGGCUGCAGUACGGGCACGUUUGCCUUCGUACGCGCCCCUAUUGCCGACGCUGAGAAAAUACUUCGCGUUUCUCUCUCUUACCGCCAGUGCUGAAGCGGCCAUAGUGGCGCACGUGAAAUCGACGCAGCGGAUAAUCCAGUUCAUGGAGGACAGCGACAAGGAGGCUUCGCCCCCGGAGCCGCCGCCCCCUGCCGCGCCUUACACCAGUGCCUACCCCAACUACUACCAGACUUCUCCCUCGGACGUACCUCAAGAUAUGUCCCUUAGUAAUCUUAAUUAUAGUAUGAACUACAGUAGUUCGAGUUCUGAUCGAAUGUCGUCAUCUAUGGAAGUCGAUGGCUACCACUGAGCUUAGACAGGAGUAGGGAAAUGCGUGUUUUUAUUCGCCUCCUGACCUAGCUGAAGCCUAGGUCAUGCCGCCUUGUAUUACGUAUAUUUUUUCUAGAUAAUUCCUCAUUCUGACGGGACGGUUUUAGCAAAGUGCAGGGCCGAGUGUCUUGGCCCUCCAUUUUUGUUCGUCUUACGUGGAUUUAAUUAUAAAUAUGGUUGUUCUGACUUUGUAUAUGGCAACGGUAUCUCUAUAAAUUUGAUUUAUUCCGCCGACGGGUUCAAUGAACUAUGAAUUUCGGCCAAGUUCCGGGUCAACUAAUAGCCGAAACUUGUUUGGCCCUAUAAAGCAUGUGAAAACGGUAUCGUAACCAUGGCAACAACUGUCUUUAGGUGACGACUAUAAAGUGUUAUUCGUUAACUUACAACUCCCACGGUUUACGUAUUUCCUCCACUUUUCCGUAAUUUUUACGGUAAAAUUUAGAAUUAGCGCUUAAUAUGACAUACGUAAAUUUGCAGUUUUAUAGAUUGUAUUUAAUCUCAAAAAAAGAUAAAUAAAUCAUUUACAAGAGAUUACAUUUAAACUUAAGGUCUGAAAUGGUUUUGACAUACGGGAGUCGUACUUAGCGCUAAAUAUGAUUUCAGAAUGCUACCGCGAAAAAUAGGUGAAAUACAAACACUAUGGAAACAGGCCAACCGGAAUCUUUGGUCCAUAUUGUAAUUCGUAUCUCAAAUUAGAAUCUCGUUUUGAGCACUGUCAAAUAUGUCAAUCUUCAUACAGAAAAAAAAACGAUUUGACAGCUCUUGAAACUAGAUCCAAAUUUGAUUUAGUACGGGCUUAGAGUAAGUGAGUCACUUUUUCGUUUUCAUUGAAUUCGUUCGGCUCUGACGUCAUAUUACAAAAAUCUAAAUGAGUUUACAAUAAAAUGUAUUUUUCCUAUAAUAAAUAUAAACAACGGGAAUGUUGUUGCACUUUGUUUGUUAGUGAUCUGAAGUGUGACGUCACUAUGGUAAUAUAUAAUUUUUAAUACAUAAUAAUGGCUUCAUUUCAAUCUUAUUUCCGAUCAAUUUACGAAUAAGUUUUAUGCGCUCAAAUGGAGAUUUGCGCUCAACCAAAUAAAGUAUUGCUCUAAUUAAUUCUGUAUUGCGUUAAAGAAAAUGUGUUUAACUAAAUUACCAUAUGACGUAUGAUGCGACUUGUAAAUAAUUAAAUGUAUAGUUAAAUCAUGCCAUUCGUAAUGUUAGUUUUCAUUGUUAAAUGAUUUACCUCACCCGUCGCCCAUGUAAAUAAAUCGUUUCUUAAUUAAAUUGAGAUAUUUCCGGGUUUAAGCCGUUUCGGCAAUAUAAAGUGCAAAUAGCUUAAGUGUAUAAUAGUUGUGAAUACGCACUGUAUAGUUCCGAGCGUUUCCGAGCAAUUGUUCGUGGCACAAUUCAUGUAAAUAGAUUAGCUAGUUUAAUCGGUUGAGAUGUUUGGUGAGGUUCGAUCGAGUACAAACUGCUUUAUAAUGCCUGGCGUACAGUUUCACUUUGCGCGUGUAAAACUUUUUUAACAAUAUAUUAUUUCCUAUAGGCUUGCAUUCUGACGUAAAAAAUAUCUAGAUAGCUUUUGAAUCCCAAAAAAAAUUGAAUUAUUGCGAGAUCGUUUUCUGUGCUAGGUACUUUAUACGAUUUCUGACGAAACGUAGCCCAAAUAUAAACCUGCAAAGUGGGGCUAGUCUAUUGUGUGGCGAUUGUUACAUUGAGUUUGAAUUCAUGGAUCGACUUUUGAUCGCCUGCCAUAAAACAUGGUUUUGUUGUAACAAAUUUGAUAGCGUUGAUUAGAAUUCUGAAAUGAAACAAAAAAUGAUGGUACAAAACUGCAUGCAAAUUCACGAAUCUGUUUGUGAUCUUAACUUUUUACUUACAGUUUAAAGUGAUCAAAUAUUGCUCCAUGAAUGUCUAGGUCAAACACGGUGGAACGGUGUCACACAAAGUAACUUGCUUUGAAUUUCUCCAGAAAUUGUAUGAUCACAUGAUGUAUCGAUGAUUCAAAAUCAAAUGCGAUAACCGUUUGACAGAUCGAAGAAUGUCUGUCUUUGAAUCUGUCAAUUUGACAUUGACAAUUUCUGCGGAAAUUUUCUAAAAGGCCGGAUAACGCAUUUGUUUAAAAAUUAUGGCAUUUCACUUAGUAAUUUGUUAGUAAAAAACAUUUUAUUUUCAUAUGUAUAACACUUGUGUGACGUCAUUGACGAUUUUCGUCUGUCAAAUGUCAAUUUGACAGUUAGCACUUGUUUAAAAUCGCAUUUUUUUUUUCGCACGAUGGAUUCUUUUAUCAAUUCAACAGCGACGUCCUUUAAUUGCCGACAUUUGCAUGCGUGUGAGUUCCACCUGGUUAUAAAUCAUAACUAUACAAAUAACUAAGUGAGGUAGCAUCACACGAGUUGUCGUAUAUAUAGUUUCACUUUUCUAGAUUCUUCUAUUUCCACCUCCAAUAAGUGAAGUCGAACAAAGAGGUCUCAUAGUAUUUAUUGAGGUUGAAAUAAUUGAUAAUUUAUGUAUGUUGAAUAUUGCAUCAGAUUGAAUUGGUUAGUUAAUAGGUUGUUAUAGUUCGAUAGCCUUUAUUAUUAGAUUAGGGGUAAAUUGAAGAAUUUAAAUCUUGAAUAGGCUUAACAUUUUCGUCUUCGACUCGCGAUUCGUAAUUUAUUUUGCUCAUAGUACAGCUUUAUUUGUUUCUAUAGUUUCACGAUCCUUAGCUAAUACAGUGGCACCCUACUUAAACUUUUAAUAUUUUGUAUAAUCUUCUGUGUUUAAAGCUAUUGGGUAAAUUUAGGUACAAUUUUAAAGAAAUCAUAUUUUGGAGAUACCUUUUUUAUUAAUAGUUUUAGGUGUGGGUAUCAAAUUCUCAAUGUGUAGAUAUGUUUUAUUUAUAGUUUGUGUGAUCGCCUUGCGGAUUCUUUGAAUGAUUGUUAACAUUUUUGACAGCUUUAUUUUUUAGGAGUAUCUUGCGAACAUUGCCGCUUCGGCUGUAUUUGGUACCUUAAGUCGGUUUUAGUGAAGUAUAGACUGGAAUUAUCUUUGUAUAGUUGUAUUCUAACAUAUAUUUUACGUAAUUUAUUGAAUUAUAGUAUCAUAGGUUCCCUUUGUGCGUUGUCAUUUGUGUAUUAUGUGUAUAUGUGUCAGUUUCUAUAUUCAUCUUUUAAUGAAACCUCAUAGGACGUCAUGCGGACCGUUAGUCGUUUUAUGAACACAGAAACUGGCAAUACGUUUCUAUAUUAUGUUGUUAGUUUUAUCACGAGAGUUUGAUAUCUUAAGAAAUUAUUGUAAAUGUAAUGUGUAAUUAUGUUUUAAAGUAUUACAUGUAAUUAUUAUUAUUAAAAGAAGGAAAAUU